GACUUCCUCACGAUGACAAACAAAAACAAAGUCUGCCAUCUUUCAGUUUCAUUUAAAAUGCUAAAUCUGUUGCGCUGGGAUAGUCGUUGAAGAUGGCAGGGUUAGAGGUCUUAUUUAAUUGCGUGUCUAGUUCCAUAACUUGUCCUCAGGAUGUUGUGGUCUGUUUUGUACAUUGGGAAAUCGUGAAAAGCGGCUAUAAGUGUCUGGGGACUGGAGACGAGCCUAAAGAUGGAGAGAAAAAGACAGAGUUGCUUCCCCCCUCCUGGAAUGCCAGCAGUGAGCUGUAUACCUUGAGGUAUAAAUCCAGUGACGACAGGAGCAGCGUCUUGUUCAAGGCCAUAACAGUGGACUCCAGUAUGAUCUUCAACCUGAUGGAUUCAGCCACUGAGAAAGUAUCAGACUUAACCAUUAAUGUCAGCGACUAUGUGAAUGUGGAAAAUCUGCAGAUGUUUGACAGUGUGUUCAAGAAUACUGAGGACUUGGCUCAGAAAGUCAAAACUAGCCUGUUGCCCUCAGCAAAGGGAGAGAGCACUGCAAAUAGCACCAGAGACAGAGAUAGAGGAAGAGACAACAACACCAGGAGAGACACACAGCCCGACUCUGACCCCUUACGCAUUCCCACAAGGGCUCCCCCUAGUGGCCACAAGCCAAACUGGCCAGACCCACUGGCUCCGUUCGCAGCAGGUGGAGCGGACCUGGACCCCUUUGGUGGCAGAGGUGCAGGCGGUAUGAUUGUAGAUCCUCUGAGAGCAGGCUUCCCCCGCUCUGGAUUUGACCCGUCAGGUGGCAUACCUGGGGUUCUCCCGCCGGGUGCCGUGCCCCCUGGGGCUCGCUUUGACCCAUUUGGACCAGUCGGACGCCACAGACCAGGGCCGGAUCCUGACCACCUGCCUCCGCCAGGAUAUGAUGACAUGUUUAUGUAGAAAAGUCGGCACUUCCCCUCUGUCCCGGGAGACUUUGACUCCUCCUCCUCCCCCUCCUACCUUCAUGCUCCUGUCUGUUUCCCAGC